AUGAGCUACAAUUUUGAACAAUGCUUUUGGGAUCCCUUUGACGAUGGGGUAAAUGUUUUACUAGAACACAUAUCCUCAGGAAUCAAAUCCUGUGACACCAUGGUCCAUUUCUUCAAACAGAGAAGCGAACUAGAAAAAGAUUAUGCGAGACGACUUGGUGCAAUCAGCAACAAAUUGAAUAAGGACAUUGAGGAAAAGCCAGAGUUCGGUAGCCUCUACAAAACCUACAAUACAAUCCUCAACCACGAGAAAUCAAGAGCUCAAGCACAUUCGAAGCAGAGCGAAGUAAUAAAUAGACAGGUUUAUUCCGAUAUUAAGCUAUUCGCACAGAAUUUACAAGCAAAAUACGUUACAAUAAGCAGUAAAAUCGAGAAACUCAGGCUGGAUAAAUACAAUAAAAAAAAGGGCUGCGAGGAAUUGAGCAAAAGACUUGAGGAAGCGCAAACUUUUGCUCGUGAUUUGCAGCUGAAUCAGAAUAACAUUAUUGGUUCAAGAAAGAUCGAACAAAACAGAAAGGAGCUGGCUAAAUGGGAAAGUAACAGCCAGGAGUUUGCAUUACAAUUAGAUGUUUUGAAACAGGAGUCUAGGGCGGCACAAAAAUUUUGGUUUAAAGAGUGGGGAAAUGUGACUCAUGAAUUACAAGAGAUGGAAAGUGCAAGAAUUUCUUUCUUACAGUCUAAGAUCCAACAAUACGCAGAAGCAACCACUGAAACAAGUCUUUUGGAACAAGCUAGAAUGGAUACACUUACGAAUCAACUAGCUACUUUCACUGCAGCAGACGAUAUUAGGGAUUUUUCAAAUAAUUUUGGUACUGGCAGAUUGAGAGAAAAAACUCAACCCAAUGCAAGCAGCUCGGUAACAGGAAACAUCAAAGAAAGGAAUAUCAGUUCUCAAUCACAUAAACGAGACUCUUAUGUAGAGAACAUUCGGAAACUUUCCGCCCAGUUACAAAGACAAGGACAAAAGUCUUACAGUAGGUCAGUGCACGAUAAAAAUUCCAAUGGGUAUGCAUAUCAGGAACAGGAAAAUAAUUUUGAGCAUCGAUCUCAGUUACAACCUAGGCCAGAGCCAGAGCCUGAGUCUCUGCUAGACUCUUCAUAUAAGGCCACAAGAAGAGAGAUUCGAGUAAUUGAGUCUCCUAGAUCCGAAAGAACUUCACCUGAUGAAGUUACCAGAUAUUCACCACCAGAAUUGAGAGUGGAAAGUCCGAAGGAGCAUAAGAAUGCAUACUCCUCCUCUUCGGCAAGCUCCUCACAACCAACUGAUUUCACUCACAUUAAAAAUCGUACAAGCUUUGAUUCCAUGGCAACAUCAGUCAGUUCAAUGGCCAGUAGCAUAGAUGAUUCACGGAGAUUCGCUAAAUCUUGGAACUCUUCUAAUAGAAAGAGAAAGUCAUUGAGCAGUAUUCAGAGACAGCAGUAUGAAGAACAACAGCAACAACGACAUUUAUCUCCUUCACCAAAUUCCACCGAACACACAUCUAGAGUCGAUGAAAACACAAAGAUGAGAGAUAGUAGUGCCAGCACUACUAUUGUUAGUCGUCCGAAUGGUGAAGAUUAUCAUAUUCGUCGAAAGUCUAUGAUUCUGAAGGAUUCCAAGAGUCCGAUAGAAGACGCUUUAUAUGAGAUGGAAAGAAUUAGAAGUAUAGGGAGCGGUGAUAUUUUUGCAUCAUCAGAGAAUGCAGUUGGACGAGUUAGAGAUAAUGGCGUGACUGUCACAUUGCCCCUUGUAACAAGUGACGGUGAAACGGUUAUCAAGUAUGCCAAAGCAAUAUAUCCAUUAGCAAACAAUGAUGCCCCAGAAGUUGCUCAUUUUCAGAAGGGAGAUUAUCUGCUGAUUACAUCUAUAGUGAAUGAAGACUGGUUUAGAGGUGAAGUUUAUGAAAACAACGGUAUAGACCGAAAUCACGCGAUUGGUCUAAUCCCCUUCAAUUUUAUCAAAGUAUUGAGCUGA